AUUCUGUUCUCUAGUUUCUGGUGUGCUGUUAAGUCAGAGGGACAGAAGUAAGAGGAUAUAGAACAGCCUGGUUUACAUAAAACAAGCUGAUGAAGAUUACAUGGAGCUACCACAUGAGAAUCAAAAGACCAUGAGGCUGAAUGUUUUUGACAGAUUUUGUAGGAAAGACAUGUGAAUAAAAUUUUUGAAAAAGGCUUUUUAAAUGAAUAAAGAGCAUUAUUUUUUAUUUCACUCUACUUCAACCAGGUAGAGAAAUACAAGACAAAAUAUAUUUUAGAAAAAAUUCUCUGUGGUGUCAGUAACUUUCUAAUUAGAGAUUUGGUCUUAUAUUUCACCUGGCCUGUUCUAGGGGCUCUGCAUGCUGUGCUUAGUUCUGUUACAACUGGAUACCAUUGGAAAGGCUUGCUUUGUCCUUGCAAUGCCCAUCACAUUAUUGCCUUGUAGAGAUAAUAGUUGUAGUGAGAGUUGAGAUGCAUUUGGAUGAGCCAGAUAGUGCCACAGAAAGAAAAAAGUGUUUGAAUUUGAAAACUUAGGCGCAAACUUUAAAGAUCAGUGAUGCCUGGCUUUAAAGCUAGGUUAGAUAAAAAAAUGGACCUUGUGAAGCUUGAACCUCAAAAAAUCUCCUGCAUAGCCAUGACAGGUGCAGAGAGAGCAUAUGAGGGCAUACUGACAUGAAGUCUUUAAACUGGGAAGAACUGCCAAAACAUACCAAAGCAAAGCAGAAAAUGUGAAAACAUUCUGAAGCAAAAAUCCAAACUGUCCAAUACAUUUCCCAAAGAUCGUUAUAAUUUCUGUUUUUCUGAAACUUCAGUGAUAACAAUUUGCAUAGGUAUGACACCAUGCCUGUGGCUCUAUUUCAUUAUAAUGCAAGUACUUUAGCUGCAGAAUAAAAGUAAAAUAGUUUGAUGUAAUAUGGAUGUCUAUUUGCACUCCUUUUAAGAUAAACAUUAGGCAAUAACCAUUUCUUUAGAGCCUGUGUAUUGUUCAUAUGAUACUCUCUCUUGUAUAACAGUUCACGUUCAUCAACGUGAUACAUUCUUGCCUGAUUUUCCAGUUCUGCUUUUCACUGAGGAUAUUCUUUUCUUUCUCUGAUUGCUUUUUCUUCUGAGACCAUUACUCUAGUUGAUAGCUUCAGGUUAUCAUUGUAUCCUAUCUCCCUCUCCAAUAAGCCUAUGAUUGAUACUAAUCUUCCUCGUGGGACACAUUUAUAGGUUUCAGGAUGGAAACUACUCUCUAAAUCUUAGCUUUAUAUGUGCUGACAAUUUGCAAGGUUGCACCUUAUAUUCACUUCAGGUGGCUUAGGGGAAAACAUCAGCACCUGGUAAUCAUGCUUCUAAAAUAAGAAGAGAAAUGUGCCCCAUAUACCAAAAGUUACCCUGUUGUUCAUCUCCUGUGCUGCUGCUCCUGCUCAUGGAUUUUCUAUAACUAGAAAGGGCUCAGUUCCUAGAGGUGGUCAAUGUGCUGUAACCAAACUCAUGCCUUUUCUUUCCAGUGAGAGAAGCCAUAUUUUAAUUAAUCUAAUGGAAGCUUUGACUAGCAGGCAGUCCCCUGAAAACGAGUUAAUGUGCCGGAAAACACUUCACACAAGCAGAAGACUCUUCAUUGACUAAUGUGCUUAACGGGACUUUUUCUAAGGAAAUUACUCCACUGAAAGCUUUGUGGAGUGCAUUUGUUGGGUUUUUUCCCUCUUCAUAAUACAGCUGCAUGUUCUGAAAUUUAAUUAGAUCUAAGGACUGUUUCAAAAUAGGAUUAUUAUGGUUUUCCUACAGGUUUUGCAGAUGCCCCUCAGUAGAGCAUCAUGGCAAAAAAAAAAAAAAAAAAAAUCAAUUCCUUGGCAGAAUACAACAUGAGGUUCUGUGAUCCCUAGUGUGAGGAAUGCAAGUGCUGGAGUUUGGCUAUUUCACUGUCUUAUCCAGUAUCUGAAGGCAGAGUCCAGUUAUACAACUAUCUCAGAGGAAUCAAUGGGAAAUGACAAUGCUAAUGUUUCCACAAUAUUUGCAUAUUCAAGCUCCACAGGCCAAGAAACAAAGAGAAGUAAUAAGAAAUUCAGUUGUUUUAUCUUUUAUCUUUUUAAACAGACAUGCAUUUAUCUCUGUGAGCAGACUUGCCAGACCUUUUUUGAAUUGCAAAGUUUCACUGCAAAUGCUUGUUAUUUGGAUUUGCAUAAGGAUUAACAAUGUUGGGCAAGUGGUAUCUCCUAACCCUUUCUGUUUACUUGUGUGCUAUCAGUCACUGGGAUAUAGUUUUGAAGGCAGUCAGUGCUUUUAGUUCAGUGGAUAAUGCAGUUUGUUUUCAUGGUAAAUUCUCUAAUGUUGUAAAAGUGUACUUCAGCAAUAAUUAUAAAUGUAUUUGCUCAGAGGAUUUUCCCUCUCUUUUACACCAUUCUGUACCUGCAUAAGGUACUCUUCUCUAGUAUAAUGGCUAAAGAAUCAAAAUUUAUGAAACUUGAGGGGGAAGUCUGAGCUGGCAUGCAGAGUGUAGAGGUUAAGCUGCACUCCCUGUAUGAAUACACACGUGAAAAUGUCAUGGUCAAAGCGAAAUCAUCUUUUAUAUUCAAACUUUGCACCACAAAAUCAAAACUCCCAGAGACUUUAAAAGGGCAUUUACCUCAGCAAAUUGAACUUAAAAACUCUUCUCAUGCUUUUGGUGUUUCAGUUUGGGGUUUUUUGCUCCAGCUUUUUAUACACAGAAGUGUUACCUACAAUAUUCCAAUAUGCACCUGAAUGACUUCUACUGUUCAGAGAAGACUGGCUUGAUAGCAUCAUUUCAUAGAUGGGACUUGAAAAAUAGCAAACUCUUUCAACUUGUAUGUGGUUGGGUUUAUUUUGUUGGGUUUUUGGUUUGCUUGUUUAUUUGGUUUGAUUUAAUUUGGUUUUGGUUUGGUUUGGUUUUUUGUUUGUUGUUUGUUCGUCUGUUUUUUAAUUUUUUAUUCCUUUUAUAGUAUUAUGAAAGUACUGUUCCAUCAAUAUAUUACAAACCAAAAAUAAUCAGGGAACCUGCAUUAUUUUCAUGGGAUCAUGUCUCCCAGAGUCCUUGCAUUGUGGAAAUACUUCUGAAGUGCACAGCUGUGCUUUAGUAAUGAGACAGCUUGAGUCCCACAGCUUGCUGCAUUGGCUUACAGAACACAAGUUACUUGGCAAAUGUGAAGCCUCAGGGCUUCUAUUCUACUUUAAGGUGGUUGUUGGAAAUCUCUCAAAGAAAAGCAGAUUUGGCCUUACAGUUUUCAGUCUUUUAGGGACAAUACUAAAGAAGGAGGCACACUGAUAGAAACAACACAUGUCAUAAUGGCAUGAGCAGCUUUACAGCUGGGGCACUGCAGAAUGACAGGGGCUCACCAGAGCUGGAGCAUUCAGCUGUUUGUGGUGCGCCAGCAGUGGGCUGGGCAUGGCUGGAGCUCCUGCAGAGCUUGGGAUAUAGUUGAGACAGGGCAUUGUCCUCCAAGCCUCUGGGAGAAGAGCACUGGGAAGGAGCAGCCAGCCUGGUAGAGCAGUGGUUCCAAGCCAGCAGCUUGUGAGAAACCUAAGAGCUGCUCAAAGCUACAAGAAAGUUUAAAAAAUUGAAGCUGCCAGGACAAAAUAUUGUAUCACUGCUUAAUUUUUUAGUGGUUUUGCUGGUGGCUGAUGAUGCAGCAAUCAAGAGCAAGCCAUAAGUAACAAAUGGCAUUGAGCAUGGUGUGAACUCAGGGUUCAUUAGUGUCACGUAGGAAAUGUUGAUUAAGUUCUGCGCACAAGGCAAGGAACAUAAGAAGCAAACACUGAGCAUAAGAAGCAAACAUACAGUGAGUGUCACAAGCGGUUGUGCUUAGGCCAGGCUCAAUGGGCAGCAGGUGGGGGAGACAUGAAACUCCUCCCAAGGAGAUCACCUGCUUUGUAACAAAAAGAGAAAGCAAGGCUGCUCUGGAAUAAGGUCACUUUCUCCUGAAGCAGUAUAACUGGCUCUUACAGGGUUUAUGUGUGCUUUUUCAACCGUUAACAUACUGAAUUCAACUGAAUUAAUUCAGUUGAACAUGGGAACAGAUUUGCUUUCCUGUACAUCAGUCUUCUUAUUUGUACCACUGCUUUUACUUGUGCAGUCAGUUUGGGAGCUGUUGCAGAGAGGCUGUUGUUUCAGUAAAACAGUUCAGUGUCUGGUUACUACAGAGAGGAGCAGCUCUGUAGCCUCUUGUUCCAGCUCUGAAAGGAGACAAACACUGGCCAACAAUAGAGGUGCUCCAGUGCAAGAGAAAUAUUUUGCCCUUUGUCUCAAGUACUUAGUUAAAAGUCAUCCAUCCAAAACAAAUUUGGAUAUUCUUUAACCUUCAUGGUAUCUCUUGUCUCCCAAUACACUUUGAAGUCAUCUGUGAUAUUUCCAGAUGUAUCCAUGAGGAAUGCUGGUGCUCAUGAACUGACAGGUUCUUCUGCUGGACUCAGUAGUGAGCUGUUCUCACUGCAGCCGCUGAAGAUGCACUGCAAGAGCUGUGCGCUGGUCACCAGCUCCGGGCACCUCCUGGGGAGCAGGCAGGGGGACAGGAUCGACGAGAGCGAGUGCGUCAUACGCAUGAACGACGCGCCCACGCGGGGCUACGGACAAGACGUUGGGAACAAAACCAGCCUGCGAGUCAUCGCACACUCCAGCAUCCAGAGGAUUCUACGGAACCGCAACGAACUCUUAAAUAUGAGCCAUGGUGCUGUGUUCAUCUUCUGGGGCCCGAGCAGCUACAUGAGGAGAGAUGGCAAAGGCUUGGUGUACAAUAACCUGCAGCUGAUGAACCAGAUACUGCCUCAGUUAAAAGUGUAUAUGAUUUCUCGCCACAAGAUGCUUCAAUUUGAUGACCUUUUUAAACGGGAGACUGGAAAAGACAGGAAGAUAUCCAACACUUGGCUUAGCACGGGCUGGUUCACAAUGACUAUCGCAUUAGAGCUCUGUGACAGGAUAAAUGUUUAUGGCAUGGUGCCACCGGAUUUCUGCAGGGAUCCUAAUCAUCUUUCAGUACCUUAUCACUACUAUGAGCCUCUGGGCCCAGACGAGUGCACAAUGUACAUUUCCCACGAGCGGGGCCGCAAGGGCAGCCACCACCGCUUCAUCACCGAGAAGCGCGUCUUCGAGAACUGGGCACGGACAUUCGACAUCCGCUUCUUCCAGCCAGACUGGGAACCGGAGCCGCUCCCUGGAGCCCACGCCGGGACGAGGCCGCUGGCCUGAGGCACGGACACGCAGGCCCAGCCACGGUCACCUCCCGCAGCAGCCUUUGGAGCCUGGGGCCAGCACGGCAGCCUGGAGGAGCAGGGUCCCCGGGUGUGCAGCUGGCACCCGCAGCAGCAGCAGGCAGGAAGCUGGCAUGGAGCAGCAGC